AUGAGUGGUACUUCAAAGCAACAACAGGGUGGUGGUGGCAAAAGUCCACAGUGUAGCUGGUCAGUAUUACCGGAGGAAGAAGCUGAUCAAAUAGUUAACUCGGGUGGAGGAGAAGUUGCUCUAAAAAAAGGUAUCGAAGCUGAUCAAACAGUUAACUCGGGUGGAGGAGAAGUUGCUCUAAAGAAAGGUAUCGAAGCUGAUCAAACAGUUAACUCGGGUGGAGGAGAAGUUGCUCUAAAGAAAGGUAUCGAAGCUGAUCAAACAGUUAAUGCGGGUGGAGGAGAAGUUGCUCUUAAGAAAGGUAUCGAAGCUGAUCAAACAGUUAAUGUGGGUGGAGGAGAAGUUGCUCUUAAGAAAGGUAUCGAAGCUGAUCAAACAGUUAAUGCGGGUGGAGGAGAAGUUGCUCUUAAGAAAGGUAUCGAAGCUGAUCAAACAGUUAAUGCUCUUAAGAAAGGUAGCACUUCGACGCGAAAACGUAAAAUGUCAUCAUUAUCAAGUGGAAGUGAUGUUGGUAAAAGGUCAAAGCUUAGCCGGUCAAUAUUACCGGAGGAAGAAGCUGAUCAAAGAGGAGAAGUUGCUCUAAAGAAAGGUCCGUGGACAAAUGAAGAGGAUGAAAUUUUGAAAGAUCAUAUUAAAAAGCAUGGAGAGGGAAACUGGAAAGCAGUCCAAAAGAAAUCAGGACUUGCUCGCUGUGGGAAAAGCUGUCGUCUCCGAUGGUCAAAUCACUUGAGGCCAGGAGUGAAAAAAGGCUCGUUUACUGCCGAAGAAGAACGCCUAAUCAUUGAGUGUCACUUUCUGAAGGGAACCAAGUGGGCUCAUAUGGCUAAAAUGCUGCCUGGACGUACAGAUAACGAGAUAAAGAACUUUUGGUACACAAGAUCUAAGAAACGGAAUCGAGAUGGCUUACCAAUCUAUCCUGACGAGAUAAUGUCCAAAUAUUCGUUAAAUGACAGUCAAGAAAGUGCUGACACAUUGCCAAAUGAAUCCAACCAGCAUGAUGAAACAGAAACCUUCAACUUUGAUAUAUCUGACUUGGACCUUAAAUAUUACAAAUUCCGCCCAGAUAUGAUGCCACCACUUUUUGAUUCUCAAGAUUACAAACCAAUUAGCGACUUGGUUAGACAGUGCUCAGAUUCGUCUCAUAAUACCUUAUACAUGCCUAGUGCAGUAGUUCAACAAAGAUUUUUUUCCAGUAGCAGAAGUGCUGCUGUCCUGGAUGUAUUUGAUCAGUAUGGACAAUAUCCUAUGUUGUCUACUCCAUGUGAUCCGAUUCUUAACACCAACCUUCUUCAUGGAUAUGAUAACCCUAUAACUGGUUUUAAUGCCGCGUCAAAUAUCUCUUCUUCUGACCCCAUAUAUGGAUCCAUGACUUUUGAGCCCCCUUCAUUCCAAAAUUCACAGACUCAACAGCCUACCUGGACUAACAUGGAUGUGCCGCCACUUCCCUCAUUUGAGUAUGUUGACACGCCAGUUCAGGCUCCUCCAAUUGAGUCUUGUCCGCCAGUUCCAAAUUCUCUGGAUUGGGAUCGUAUAAUUGAUGCAACAGAACUUCCCUCAGUUAAGUAUGUUGACACGCCAGUUCAGACUCCUCCAAUUGAGUCUUGUCCGCCAGUUUCAGAUUCUUCUGAUUGGGAUCGUUUAAUUGAUCCAAUAGAUUAUGAUCACGAUGCUAUAGUUGCUGCCCAAUUAAACUUCUUAAGACAGGUCCGCUCAGAAAUUAAAAACACUCGGCGUUAUUAUAUUAACCGUGGUGCAUUCAAUGAUCAGCUUCCAGCUUAUUAUACUUCCAACAAAAAGAUAAUUUGA